GGUGACGGACCGUGUCCUGGUGACGCGCAGCGAGGGGCUGGGCCUGUUUCCAAGGACGCUGUCUCCAUGGUGACGCCGCAAGCGGAGGCCGGAGGCCACGAAAAUGACGGAGAUUCUGUGCCGGUGGCUGAACGACGAGCUGAGGCUGUCCCGGAGAGUGGAGCCCAGAACAUUUGCAAAAGAGUUUUCCACAGGCUACCUGAUUGGAGAGAUUCUCAACAAGCACCAGCUUCAAGGGGAUUUUGAUCAGUUCUCCCAGGGCAGAAAUGCAGCUUCUCAGCUCAAUAACUUUCAGCGCCUGUUACCCACUCUGCAGCUCUUGGGGGUGAUGAUCAGUGACAAUGUGGUGAAGGCACUCAUUGAGGAACAGCAUGGAGUGGCCACACGCCUCCUGUAUCAGAUCUACAUUGCACUCCGCAGGAAAGAGAAUGCCCAUCUCUCCAAACUGGCGAUGGAAACCAUGAGACCUCCUGCAGCAGCCAAACUCGCAAGCAUCAGUGCUGAGAUGUACAAAGAGCGUCUGAAGUCAAUGAUCCCCCGUGAGGUUGACGUGGUCCUGCGUAGAGUUUCCGACCGCUGCGUGGCUAAAGACAAGGAGAUUGAGAAGGAGGCGACCCUUAAGGAUGAGCAGGAGCUGCAGAAACAACACAGUGUUCAGGAAGAGCAGCAGACCCAAAACCUGGAAAAGCUGCAUAAAGCAAAGAGGAAGAACAAAGAGUUGAUGGCAAAAAUCCAGGCAACGUUCAUCCCCAUCUCCAAGAAGGUGCCACAAGAAAUGGCAAGAGCCAUUCAGAAACGCAAGCAAGAGCUGAGGAAGAAGGAAGCUGAGAUGUUCACCAGUGAGAUCACAAAGUUUGAAAAGAUAUUGAGGAACCUGACGCCUGCUGGAGGUGAGGAGGAGAGUCCGAGACAGACAGAAUUACUUGAAAGUCCUGGGAAUGAUCUCAGCAGGGACGAAGAGAAGCUGGGCCUGUUCUUCCAGGAGCAGGGAAUGUUAAAGGUGAUUGGUAGAGUUGUUUACGGUUCCAAAAGGCUUGAACAGAACAAAAAGGAAAUUAUUUCCAGUGGCAGGAAGGUGGUGAAUCAGACCGGGAUUGUGCCUGAGGGUGGGGACUUGCAGGGGGUGGACGGGGGGAGGUCACAAGCCAGUGCUGUGACCUGUUUGAAAUGA